AUGAAUCUUUCCAAAAUAGUCGACGCCACUCCUGCUCCUCGUCGAACACAGUUCUCCAGCUGUGAUCGAUGUCGGAAGGCCAGGCUGGCUUGUGACGCUGUGCGCAUUAGACUUCAGCCUGACAAGCCGGACGAGUCGAGGUCUUGCUCGAGGUGUACUCGAAGGGGACAAAAAUGCACGUUCGAGUGGAUCAAGACUGUCAAGAGGCCGACCACGCGGCCCCGUCGAAACAGCCAAGCGGUACAUGUACCAGUUCCAACAAACCAGGGACAGUUCUCGCUCUCUCCCCCUGACAGUCUACCUAGUGGACAUGGUGCGUCUGCCUCUGAUACUCCUGUGGAGCUGGUCGAGAAGAGGUCUAUUGAAUGUCAUUGGGGCCAAACGUCCGAUUCACCAGUCUCAAUACCUAAUCCGACUCAUAACCCUAACUCACCUGUUUCCAUACCCAAUCCCAGUCCCGCAGACUACAAGUCAUGUCCGUUGGACGAGGCCAUAGCCAUGGUGGGUGACUGGCUCGACCGGAUCUUCGAAAGCUGUUUCGAGCAUGCGUACGGAUUAUGGCUGGGACGGCACUGCUGUCCAUUCGUUUCAGAACCAGACUCCGAUAUCAUCCUUCCUCCGACUCGAUUAUUCAGCGAAUUGGACGCUUGUCUUGCCGAAGACUGGGAGGCGAGAAACGUGGGUUCUGGAUGGCCAAGUUCGAUGUCACGACAGGAGAAAGAUUACCAGACAGAGCAGUCUCUCCGCCGGGCAAUCCACAGUUUCGCAGCUCGGUGGCUCCACCUCGUUCCACUGACCCUGCCACCUGGUGUUGUUCAGUUCGACAUCACCCGGGAACUGUGGCGACGAGCACGAACAGACAUGCUCAAGGUCAUCAAUCGAGUAUCGUACCGUUCUGUCCUGACGCUGUUUUUGUUCGGACUCACACCUAUCCCCGUUGGCAUCUCCGAAGAGGAAGAGCUAGAUGGCUUGACCGGACAAAUAUGCGUACAGACCGCCCUUCAGCAGGUCCAGAGACUACGUGAAAGACAACAAAACCAUCAAUUCAAUGGCACCAAAGUAUCACUCGGAACAACGGACAUGUUUUCGAGUCCAGCACCCCGAUCCAACUUUAGCCGCAUUUUCCUCUCCGCCGAGAGCAGAGCGUACUGGGGCGCCCUGAUCUUCGACACGUCGGCAUCCCUGACUUUGAAUUAUCGGUCAUUUCUGACAUCUGGCCUGCACGGCGUCGCGUCCGAGUCGUCCUGGCGGGUACUGAAAAUGGGCCUCGGAUCGUUCUACACACGAACCGAAGACUGGCGGACCGGAGUUGUCGAGAUGACCGAUGACAUGGCUCUCGAGGCCAUCGCCGGAGCAGGCGCAGGAAAUAUGUACCUGUGGAAGAUGAUCGCCGUGCUGAAGGAGUCGCUACGAGAAGGCCACGGAGAGGAGAAAGUCGCCGAAGCAUGGACUGCCUGCAUGGAAGCUUUGGAAAUGUUCAAGGCCACCUUCCGCCCACUUUUGGAUUUAUGUGAGCCCCGGAUCCGGUUCAUGGACCAGGCCAGGAAACUCCAUUGGUUUCAGCUUAUGUUGCAUCACAACCUGGGUCUCUUGAUCUUGAUCGAUGGUGUCGCGGCCGCUGAGCGGUCUGACCUUUUGGCGCAACUGACGCAGGUUCGUCUCGAGGCUGAACGGGAGCUGCUCGAUGCGAUCAAUUUUGGUCUCGACAAUAGCUACACGAUACACGGACCGCCGCGACGAAGUAGUGUCAGUGGUGUAUCCGGUGGCAUAUCCGGCGUGCAAUCAUCAUCAAAUUCGUUUCCGACGGUCCUCUCGGCUUCCCUCGUCGCCAUAAACCCCUAUCCACAUUCAUUGGUUGCCGCUAUCCAACUUGUGGACAAAGCCGUCAGCCGAGACUAUAUGCAAGGUAAAGUCGGCUUGGAGGCGUACAGACGUCUGAAAACAACGCUUCUAAGAGCCCUGGAACAGUCGCCUCAGAUGUCAAUGUCGGUCGAAGCGGCAAGACGUGAAAUGGUUAAAUCGCUUGCGCAAUUGGAUCGAAUUGGGAUUGCUGGGAAGAGUCUGAGCAUGUCGCCGGAGAUUGCCCGUGCUCAGCAUCACCACAGGUUGGCAUAUCCUGAAUGA